AUGACAUUUUACGAACGUACAACGAUUUUACUUGAUUGUCACCCUGAUACCCAGUCUCCUUGCGUUCCAGAACUUGAAGAUUCUCUGGUACCACCUUGUCCUUUAUGGUCAUGCUUCGUAGAGGCGACGUUAGAGUAUUGUCGUGUCGUGUUCGAUUUAUUUGACACAGACAGUAAUAGACGUCCUGUAUCUGUUCACAUCGCAGGCGUACCGUUAGAACGCAGUAUACUAAACACAUGGCAAGAUCAAAAUUUAAAACAGAUUGCCGACAAUUUUACUGUUAUAUCACCAGCCUCUGUUUCACCUUCACCUGCGCGAUUGUCGAACGCGUUAGAAAGCUCUUUAAAAGCUUUGAAUCAGUCAGAAUCAGAUGAAAAAUUUAAUGCAAGAUUCGUAUUGAUUUUGAUGGGAAAAGGCGAUGAGCGACAGUAUCAAGAAACUCGGAGCCAUAAAUUAAUUGAUAUUCGGGACGUGAUCCGUGGCAUUUUAGCACAAUAUGAAGAUCUUUUUAAGGAUAAAUUUCAGCAUCUAAAACGUUGCCAUUUUGAUAUUUUACGUGUAUCACCAUCUUACGAACUAAUAGCGGAAGAUAUUCCAUGGACAAAGGUUCAUGUGGAAAAUUUAAGCACUGAAUUUUCUGCAACAGUUUAUAAUAUUUUACCUGGCCGGAAAUGUCUUACUCGCUCAAUGUUACAUUUAGUUCAAUUGCACCAUCAUUUACACACGUUGAGAUUGCUGGAAGUACCUAUGAAGAAAAGUGAUAAUACAAAGACAACGUAUGAAAUAGAAUUGCUUUUUCAAGCAAAUAACCAUAAGCCUGGUAAUAUAUCCGUUAUAACAGAGCAUGCAUCAAGACCACGAUUAUAUGUUCCGGGCUAUUUUAAAGAUCGACAGACUGUUGUCAAAUGGGUUAAGCAGAAGCUUUACAGCCUAGAGGGAACGGUUACUCGUUGUUCUCAUAUGGUUACGCCUAUAGAC